UGCCUUUUGCCACCCACGACGCAGAUCUUAUCCAACACUAGUAUGACCACAGCGCUGACCGGCCGCAUGCACGAUCUUCAACUCGACUCGGUCGACAAGGUCAAGCUCGCCCACGAGCACGACCGCAGCGACGUCAAGGUGCACGCGAGCGCAAUGUGGUACGCGCCGCGCGGCGUCACGCCGUUUACGAUCUACACGCUCAUCGUGUCGUGCCCGGGCACGAAAGCGUGGUGGGUCAUCCAAAAGCGCUUCUCGCAGUUCCACUGCCUCCGCAAGCAGCUGCAAAAGCUCCAUGCGUUCUCGACAGGAGCGAUCCGGAGUCUCCUCAAAGACAUUGCCAAGUGCGAGUUUCCGUCGCGCCAUCUCAGUUUUGACACGGCGACGAUCGUUACGGAGCGCAAGACGUUGCUUCAGGACUUUACGACCAAGGUCAUUGCGCUCCGCGCCGCCUGCGUCCUCCAGUCGCUCAACGCCGAAACCACGUCGCUUGGCGCCAAGCUUGACCAUAUUUACGAUAUUCUUCAGCGCUUUCUCGAAAUUCCGGACGGGCUCCGCGACGAAGACCUCCGGCACACGCUCUCGGUGAGCUCGCCCACGUGCAGCAAUGGGUCGGGCUCGCCGUCGACGGCCAAUGAGGACGACGAAGAGUCAUGCGCCAUUUGCAUGAGCGCGUUUGAUGCGAGCGAGUCGGUGCUCACAAUGGCAUGCCACCACUCGUUCCAUGAAGACUGCAUUAUCCAUUGGUUUGAAGAGAAGCUCACGUGCCCCCUCUGUCGCGACGAAGCCGUCGGUGGCCACGUCGUUGGCUGCUGAACUUUAGGAUUUCUCUAGGUAUUUAGUUCUUCAAUUUAUAGUCUCUUCAACAAUCUCGCUCUGCCCG